GUGAUCUCACACACUGCUUUCCUUGGUGCAUAAGUCUUGGUCCUAGUCGCACCGUUCCUGGCUAAACCUUUUCGGUUGCAGAUACCGCGAUAAGACGCUCAAACAAAGCCCUCAACCUCGUCAUAUUAGCUGCUGCGGCUGUGUCACCGCCUACCGCUUGUUAUUUUCGCUAGGUUCGAUUGUCUGCGCACGCCGUCAAUCUCAGCGCGCACCGUGCGUGCCUAUUCAGGGACACCAACAGAGGGAUUAAAGCUCACCGUCUUUCCAACUUCCAAUGGCCACUCACACCCGUCAAGUGUCCCAUACUAAAAGGCCCUUGCCGGCCCACGCACGGCCAUCCAAGCCUGCGCCCUUGUCUAAACGCUCCAGUUCCCACGGCGCGAGUAAGAAAGCUGUGCCCUUGCACAAGAAGGAGGAGGAGAUCGAAGACGAGGAUCUCAUGGCCACGAGCUUCCUGCAGUUCUGUACUACCUGCGAAAAACAAAUCAUUGUGCCUUGCAACGCAGUGCUCUAUUGCUCCGAGAGCUGCCGCAAGAAGGACACCGAGAAGCAGUUCAUCUUUGCCCCGGAUCAGUCCCCGCCAUUGACGCCUUUCUCGCAACUCUCCAACUUCUCCUUUGAGGAUCUCCACUUCCGUGACAUUGUGCCGCCCCGCUCUCCCACACAGCUUCGCUCCAACCGUUCAUCAUGUGCUUUCUCGGACCUGUCUUCGGACGAUAACGCCGCCUCAGGCGACGAGAAGCCCAGACAACAUUCGGAUGCGUCGCGAUACCUACGACACUGCCAACUCACCACCUACUCUGAUGCCGCGGCUACCAUCCGCCCGCGCCGACCCCACUACUCCCGCGCCUCAACCUCGCAUGUCAACUUCAGCGCCGCGCCUUCGUUAUCGCACACGCCUGCCUCGUCAAUAAGCUACUCGAUGCCAUAUACCCCAUCAACACGGCCCCUCCCUCCCAGGACGAACCCAAGCAGCUCGUCAUACACGCACAAGUCGAUCGACCUCGUGACCCCGCUCACUUACGCGAGCACCGCGCCCUCGAGUCCCCGGCAGUACUCGCUCAAGUCGCACGCGGAAACCGCGACGUCAGCGAGCACCAUCGAAGGCGAAAUCAUGUACGCAAAGACACCGAUCGCGUCGAUGUCGCCGGCCAAUGGGAGUUUGGGCCGCCUCCUUGCUUCGUCUUCGCACUGAGCGAUUUUAUCGUAAUUGCCGCAACUAUCUUCCAUUCCAGUUGGCGAGGGGGUAUCAUGAAACGCUGAGCGAUUUUCAUUAUUUUGGUUUCUUGGUCAGGACUUCUAAAUACCUCGCGCGGCACAUGACUGGGCUUCUACAUACCAUACCAGUCUGGCGCUUUUGCUUUCUAUUUACAUUGCCCUGGCGUUUUGUUUCGUCUAACACUCAGACACGAUGGAGCUGUGCAGAGCAUGGCUAUUGUUUACGGCGGCCAGUUAAAAGUCUUUCUUGCUAGAUAGGAGGGGCGUUUUAAUUCACCACGCAGAGUCUUCACUUGUGCAUUUUCACAGCUAGAUACCACGAACCGCACCAUUACGCGCGAAGAACAAUACAUUACGAUGCUACCACAGGGCAUGCGUCCC